CUAUCAAAUAAUAAAUGACAUUUAACAAGUUUUCAAUCGAAAAUCAAAGCUAAUCGUCAAUAGAGUUGAGCAGGACAUACGCCCAGCAUAAAAAACUGACUUUAAAAAACUCAAUAUGGAAAAAAUUGAAGAAAUGCCGUUAACAAGCAAGGGCAUUACGAAGCCCCAGGAAGGUAGCGACGACAAGGAAACUACUGAAACUUCUUCGGGGACUACUGCUAGUAACUCUUUUUCUGGACCACACAAUAUGGAGCUCAUUGACGAAAAGCCGUCGACAAGCAAGGGCAUUACGAAGCCCCAGGAAGGUAGCGACGACAAGGAAACUACUGAAACUUCUUCGGGGACUACUGCUAGUAACUCUUCUUCUGGACCACACAAUAUGGAGCUCAUUGACGAAAAGCCGUCAACAAGCAAGGGUAUUAAGAAACGCAAGAAAGACAGCCACGAAAAAAAAAAUAAGAGAAAAAAAAAUAAAAAAACUUCUUCAGGGAAUAAAGUUCGUAAAUCAACGUCCAGAGCCUCACGGAAAAAGCUGCCGUCCAAGUUUACUUUUGCCGACUUCACUUUGGUUUUCGGCAGUGACGAUGAAGAGCCCUAUGUGGAUCCCGACGUUGACUUGGGGCCAGGUUCAUCAAAGACUGCCAAGAAGCAAAGUCAGGGAACAGAGCCCAACGUAGAACAGCAACCGAAAGUACGCAAGGAGGUGGAAAAACCAUCGGUCGAAGACGAUUCACUGGCACUACAACCAGAUCCCUUAAAUGCUGGCCGUAGUCCAAAUAUAUCUGAUUCCCCAGAUAACCAGCAACAAGAACCACAAGACUGAAGCCUCCCUCAACCAGCUGCAUUCAAAUCCCACAUCUUGUGGGUCCUAUCCCCAUUAUAAUACUUCUCCAAUUUCGUAAACAAAAGAUGAAAAGAUAAUUAUCAAAUCUCCUUUCUCUAUGCUUCGUCAAAGUCCCAGGAAAAAAAAUUAGAGAGGCGAAGCAAAACGAAGAUCUCUGAUGCAAACUCUUUCUCCCGACUGCGUUGUAAAAUGAGAGAGGGGAGCAAAACUUAUGUACUGUGGAUCACAUCAAUAAUCUUUUUUAAUUACGUGAAUAAAAAAAACUUUGAAAAAAGCUUCUAAAUACCAUUUUUAAGUUUGUCUGUUUUGUUAGUUUUAUAUAUUUUAUUUGAGCUUAAGAUAAAACAUCCAAAAAUUAUCGUGGACCACUGUAGAUCCGUUGUCAUAAUUGUCACAAAUCAGAGUUACACGCAUUUCU